AUGCAUAUCACCGGCACUACCUUGUUGGCGUUCGCGACACUGUCGCUUGGCCUCAGCAUCCCUGAGGAUCUCGAGGAUGUGUUCAGAUUUGUCAAGCGUCAAGACCUCUCGCCUGGAAGUCCCUUGUAUGAAUGCCACGCGCACUGCGGUGGCGUGAUUGUCGAUGCCAGGACAACCAACUACUGCACCAACGCGACCUACACGACCGAUCUCGCGGACUGCAUGGAUUGUGCCUUGACCUACGACAUCUGGCAAUACUAUGGCACCGACGUGGCCAAGGCUGCUGAGGCCUGCGGCGACAACGCCACUCCCAGUCCCUCGACUGCAACAGCUCCCGCCGCAGCAACAACCGCUGUUGCGUCUUCUGCUGCUGCACCUCCAAGCUCCAGCGCCGCCGUUACAUCUCCUGCUGCUGCCCCUGCGAGUUCGAGCAUUGCCACUACAUCCUCUGCUGCCGCUGCAGCUGCGACUUCGAGCGUUGUGUCUACUUCCGCUCCUGCUGCCCCUGCAAGUUCCAGCGUCGCUGCUUGGUCCUCUGCCAGCGCCAGCGCCACCUAUGCUAUAUCUUCCGCCGCCGCCACGGCUCCCACGUCCGUCGCCGCCACCACUACUGGUGUCGCGCCAAUUAGUACUUACACCGGUGCCGCUGCCAGACUUGGUAGCGAGAAUCUUCUGGUGCUUGCAGCUAUUGGGGCUGCCAUCGGUGGUUUGGCUUAUUAG